CUCAUCCUGGGCCGUGCCAUCACGGGCAUCCAGGGCUUCUACUAGUUCUUCGUAAAGUAUAAAAGCAUUCGUCCCCUUUUACUCUACAAAACUCCCCGCGAAUUGAAUCGACACUUGCAACGACACCAACCAGCAAAGACAUAGCAGCAUGAGUGAGUCUGGUCUUCCCGAAGGCUGGCAAGUACGACACAGCAAGUCGCGAAACCUGCCUUACUACUUUCAUGCGAAAACAUCCGAAUCGCGCUGGGAACCUCCUGCCGGCACCAACACGGAUUUACUUGCGGUGUACAUGGCUUCUCACCAUUCUGGAGGCGGACAAGCGGCUGCUUCUAGUGGGACGACUCAGGAUGGUGCCAAGAUUCGUGUGAGCCACUUGUUGGUGAAGCAUCAGGGAUCACGUCGCCCAUCCUCAUGGAAAGAGCCCAACAUUACCCGGACGAAAGACGAAGCACUCACCAUUCUUGCUGCACACGAGGCAAAGAUUCGCGCUGGCUUGACUACCCUGGGUGAGCUGGCUGUGACAGAGUCAGAUUGCUCAUCAGCACGCAAAAGUGGCGAUUUGGGAUUCUUUGGUAGGGGAGAGAUGCAAAAGGCAUUUGAGGAUGCUGCAUUUGCAUUAGAACCUGGACAGCUCUCUGGUGUCGUGGAUACCGAUAGUGGUGUGCAUCUCAUUGAACGUGUUGCAUAACUAUAUUGCUAAGUCAACUUUUCUGUAAUAAAGUCAAUCAUCUCUUG